AAGGAAACGGAAAGGAGGUGGCAGUGAAGCUCAGGGAAAUGCAUGCAUGUCAGAGGAGGGACUGCUGGAGCCUGAGACUAUAGAAUGGAGAAGCGCAAGGGCACUAAUGCACCAGGCACGGCUUAGGUUGGCUGGACCUUAUUCCUGCUGUAGAGUUAAUAAUCUCCUGAAACUAAGACAAAAGUCUGGCUGUAGCAAGUCUCCAGAAAGAUGGGAUCCAGCUCAUCAACGUACCGACCCAAGUGUGUUUAUUUGAAUAUUGAUGGAAGAAUUCAGAAGGUGGCCUUCAGUAAGUACUGUAACUCGAGAGAUAUUAUGGACCUCUUCUGCAUUGCAACUGGUUUACCAAGGAAUACAACCAUUUCACUUUUCACGGCAGAUGACUGCAUGAUAUCCAUUGAUCCUACAAUGCCAGCAAACUCCGAAAGGACUCCAUACAAAGUGAUACCUGUAGCCACUGGACAACUAAUAGAGAAAGAGGAAUUGUUCCAGAAUUUACUGGCACAGGUGUUCGAACAAUUCUCAAGGGUAUUUAAAAUCGAUGAACUGAAAACUGAAGUAGCUAAUCAUUUGGCAAUGCUGGAAAAAAGAGUUGAAUUGGAAGGACUGAAAGUAGUGGAGAUUGAAAAGUGUAAGAGUGAUAUUAAAAAGAUGAGGGAUGAAAUGUCGGCGAGAAGUACCAGGACCAGCUGCCCCUGUAAAUACAGUUUUCUGGAUGAAAACAAAAAGCUGAUGCCUCGAAGGGAUGUACCAUCCUAUCCCAAGUACAUGCUUUCUCAGGAGACAAUAGAAGCUCUUAGGAAACCAACCUUUGACGUCUGGUUAUGGGAACCCAAUGAGAUGCUAAGUUGUUUAGAACAUAUGUAUCAUGAUUUAGGAUUAGUGAAAGACUUCGGCAUCAACCCUAUCACCCUGAAACGGUGGCUGCUGUGUAUUCAUGACAAUUACAGAAACAAUCCAUUCCAUAAUUUCCGACAUUGCUUCUGUGUUACCCAGAUGAUGUACAGCAUGAUUUCACUCUGCAAUCUCCAGGUAAAGAUUUCCCAGAUAGACGUCUUAACGCUAAUGACUGCAUCGGUGUGUCAUGAUCUUGAUCACCCAGGAUAUAAUAACACGUACCAGAUCAAUGCCCGAACAGAACUUGCCGUGCGCUACAAUGACAUUUCUCCGCUAGAGAACCACCACUGUGCAGUAGCUUUCCAGAUCCUUGCACAGCCAGAGUGCAACAUUUUCUCCAGUAUUGAUAAGGACCAGUUCAAACGGAUAAGGCAGGGGAUAAUUACAUUAAUCCUAGCAACAGACAUGGCAAGGCAUGCUGAAAUAUUGGACUCUUUCAAAGAAACACUGGACAACUUUGACUACUCAAAUGAGGAGCACGUGACCCAGUUGAAGAUGGUACUGAUCAAAUGUUGUGAUAUCUCCAAUGAAGUGCGCCCAAUGGAAGUGGCGGAGCCAUGGGUAGACUGCUUAUUAGAGGAGUAUUUUAUGCAGAGUGACCGGGAAAAGUCUGAAGGCCUUCCAGUGGCACCUUUUAUGGACCGAGACAAAGUAACGAAACCUACCGCACAGAUUGGCUUCCUGAAGUUUGUUCUUAUUCCAAUGUUUGAAACUGUAACAAAGCUUUUUCCAGAGGUCGAGGAAGUAAUGCUCCAACCACUUUGGGAAUCCAGAGACCGCUAUGAGGAGCUGAAGCAAAUAGAUGAUUCUAUGAAAGAGUUACAGAAGAAGAAGAAUGAAAGUUUGACAACUGGAAGUAGGGAGAAGUGAAAAGCAAAGUAAAGAUGGGGCACAUCAAGCGUUAUAACAAAGAUCCUUUAGAGGUUUGCCAAGACCAGCAAAACAUCAUGGGAUUGCACAGCAUUGAGAACGGAUGAGGCCGAACAGCUGACGCUACCACAUGCACUUUUUCCAGUUCCUUUUCUAAAGACUAGCAUUUAUCUUACGGAUGCAAACGAUAAGGAACCCAUGCUGUUGUACAAGAUUUUUUUUCUUUUAUUUUUAAAGUCAUCUUCUAAAUAAUAUAUUCUUAUACCAAAAAUGGCUGCUGUAAUUAUUCUCUUUUGUAGAUUUUAUAUGUUUUUGUGUUGUUUUAAAAAAACUGCUUCUGGUUGUUUUAUUGAGAUGUCUUGUGGGGGAAGGGGAUUUGUACUUUUAAAGAAAUGUUUCAGAAAAAAUAUAUAUGUAGUGUUAUGUCCUGUUAAAGUUAUACCUAUCAAUUCCAUUAUGUCUAUGUACAUUUAGGAGUCUAAUUUAUGCCUCCUGUCACCUUUUUGAGACAACUGACAAAAAGGCAACAGCAGGCUAUCUGAAAAGAAACACCAUUUUACCAUCUCUGGCCAGCAACCAUUUGCCAGUAAAACCCUUUUGAGAAGGAAAUGGGAAUUGACAGAUCAAGCCCUCAGGUGACACCAUGGCCUGUUACUUAGUCCCAUCUCCACAAAUGCUACUCCUCGUCCUUUGUGUCUCGGUUGGUAACUGAGGGGACAGAUAUUCCUUCAGAGGAAUAGAUAACGGCCUAGUGGUUUCUAGUUGCCUUGUCCUUAAGCACUGAGAAUUGUCAAGAUGCUGCAAAUAUGGCCCAUAGGGACAUGAAGCCAAGGGCAAUGGAGGCUGGUGGCUCCGAUGUCAGUGAGGCGGUAAAUCUGUGGGUUCUAGUCAGAACUCUAAAAGAACUAUCCAAGGUGGUCUGUAGGGACAUUGAAACAGUUCUGUUGCCAGGGGCAAUGGAGACUGGUGGCUCUGAUGUUGUUUUUUUAAUCAGCUCCCAGUUUCAGAAAGAACUCUAAGGUGAAUAGAACCCAGAGCAGAUUCACCUCCCCACUGACAAGGGCAAGCAGGUCUGACCAGUUACACCAUCAGGGAAGGACUCUGGAGCAGAUGUCCAGGAGUCCCCUCAGCAAGAAAAAUAGGUCUCCCUUAUGCAGCAGGAAUGGGUUGUCACAUUUUGAAGUAGUGAAGUAAUACACAUUACCUUCUACUCCACAAGACCAGUUCAGAAUCUAAAAUAACUACAACACUGGGUCGGACACUGCAAAUUGCCUGGAUAGGAAAUAAGAAUAUCUGAGAAUUAACAAAGCCAUUCUGGGCUCCAUCAAGAAACAGUAGGACAAAAGUGUAAUAAAUCGCUAUAGCUGCAAUAAAAGCAGUUAUUUUUUUCUCAAGUGAUGUUUUAAUUUGAAUGUAAAUUUAUUAGCAUCUCCUGCAUCAUUGUACUAAAUUCAUUUGGAAUAAGCUUCGUUUAAUGAAUGUCUUGUAACAGUUGGCUAACAAAAUACUAUAAUAAGCUGGAGUUAUAUCAGAGGCAGUAAGCCUAUAUACACAGUUGCGGGGGAACAUGGGUGGGAUGGUGCUGUUGCACCAUGUCCUGUUUGUCGGUCCUUGGUCAACAGCUGAACUAGAUGGACCCUUGGUCUGAUCCAGCAUGGCUCUUCUUAAGUUCUUACAUUUGCAUAGAGAUAUUUUGGCAAGGAUCUAGUCCUGGUUUAACUAGAUAUUUGGUAUAAAUGAGAUUCAUGUAAUGAAAAUUCUACCAUUGUUAUUUUUAUUUUUUACGGUGGGGAUUAUUCCAUGCACCCAUGCCUUAGAGCAGGGAGGGCAACUUGUUGCCCUCCAGAUAUUUAGGCCUAGUACUCCCAAACACCCCUGGCCAACACAGCCAAUGGUGAGGGAUGGUGGGAGGUGUAGACCAACACAUCUGGAGGGCUACAUGUUUCCCAUCCUCAUCUUAGAGGAACUCUGAGAGGGAGGAACCAUAGCUUAGUGGUACAGCACGCUUUAUAUGCUUAAGUUUUGAGAUUCAUUCCCUGAAUCCUCCAUCAUUAAAAGCCUGUGGUCUUGAAGAGCUCCUGCCAGUCAGAGUAGACAGUACUGGGCUAAGUGGCUUUGGUAUAAAGGCAACUUCGUAUGUUCAUAUUGGACAAAAGCUCAUGGCCAUUUUGCAUGCUAAGGGCAAUGCUGAUAGAGUCCACUUCCAAUAUCAAUGAGAUUUUGGACUGAGAAGAGGACUGGGAAAUUCCUUGUACAUAAUUCUUAAUAGUAGAUGAGCGCUCCCAAAGUCUAGAGAUGCCAGCAUUCAAAUAUGGUUCAGGGCCUAUGUGCAUUGCUGCAAUUGUUGGUCAUGUGUGGCUCCCACAGCAUUUUGUUAUAUUUGUGCAUGAAAGCAAACCACAAGAAUUAGCAUGUGAGAUGGAGUUGGGGAAAGGUAGAGUGAAAUCUGAUGGGCAUCAGGACCCUUGGAGGGCAUGUCCCACAGAGCUGCUGUCUGUAUAGCUGUGAGGGGUUUGAAGAAGAGGAUAUGAAAAGACUGAGGAAGACACUGUCUGCUGUCUGUGCUGGUAGGAAAAGUGGUUAUAAAACUACAAUUGAGCUUGCUGUAGGUUGGACUGGUGUACUGAGGCUCUGGUUUAGCAGAUGAACCAGGCCUGGCUAAUGGGAGCGAGGAAGCUUCUAAGGACAAAACAAGUAAUUGGCAAACACACACAAACACGAUUCCUGACAUGGAGUUCCAUUAUAACUAUGGACACAGUUUGAUAAUAGGUUUUCGUUCAGUGUUUGUAUACCAAUAGUUUGUAUACUAUUGUUGCUGAAUGCACUUCAUGCCAAUAACUAAGACUUAGAAAAAGCCUUUCAACCUUUUAAGAAUGAGGAAAAACUGCACAAAAAAUGAUAGUUGGUCGGGGAAAGGGGACAUGGCCUCAUCUCGAGUCCUCAUCCAGUUCUGGGCACCACAGAAACUUCCUGUUAGAGCAAUAUGACAAUGGAACCAAUUACCUAGAGAGGCAGUGGGCUCUCCCACACUAGAGGCAUUCAAGAGGU